AUGGUAACUUUCCCAUCCUUAUCAAAAGCAACAGAACAUGUUAUGUUUUCUUCUUUAACGGUUCUUUCGCAUGAAUGUCAACAAGAUGUUGAAAAUGAAAAUAAUUACAAUGGAAUUACUGAUCAUUUCUCGUUUUGGUUGUACAGGGAUAGUAAAAUUGAAACGUUGAAUGUCGUUGUUCGUCCAAUGUUUUGGAAAGAGAUUUUUGAUCUUAAACUAAUCUUCUUAGAGUGUUCAUAUUUUAAACGUGCUAUUAUCGACUUUUCUAUAUAUUAUUCCUUUAAACCAAAACAUCACUAUAUUAUGGCGUCGAAACAGAAUAUUCUUGCACAUGCAUCAAUUACAAGAUGGAACGAACAAUAUGCGCUAUUAGGCGUUGUUUUUGUACGAAAAGAUUAUCGAAAAUUUGGUUUAGGUGAAUUAUUAACUAAUUAUGUUUUAGAAAUGAUUGAACAAAAAUGUGUACGUUCAAUUCAUGCAAAUUGUUUAACUGAACAUUUACCAUUUUACAUUCGAUACGGUUUCAAAGCAUCAUUUUCCAUCGUUGGUCUAUCAGGUAAAUUAAAUGAAUUUUUACACAUGGAUCCAUUUAAAUAUCAAACAUCUGCGCCACAAAUUGAUCAAGAACAAAUUAUCAUCGAACUCUUUGAAACAUCUGAUAUUCUUGAUCUGGCAUCGUACGAUCGAAACAUGUAUCCAACAUAUAGAAUCAAUUAUUUUGAGCAAUUACGAGAACAUACAAUAUCAAUUGCUGGAUACGUUGCAAAAUCAGCAAAAACUGGAACCAUUUAUGGUUACGUUAUUCUAAAUUUUUCUCAAGAUUACAUUAAAUGUGGUCCACUUUACUGUGACAAUGAUUACAUUGCCAUGUUACUUCUUAAACAGUGUGCCAUCGACUAUGAUGGUAUCAUGCUAUUGUGUAUACCAGAGGAUAACAGAACAGCAUUAAAAUGCUUUGAAUCAAAAAGUUUUAAACGCACAGAUAUUUUACAUCGUGUGUAUACAGGAAAUAUGUUUGAAACUAAUUUUCAGAAAAUAUGGGCGAUUACAGACGAUUGGUUUUGUCUUUUGUGA